CGUGCGUAUCGGGCCGCGGAAAGAGGGUAAUCCUCGCGUGUCCUCUUCCUAAGUGUUUUCACUCUCGUAUACCCCUUGUUUUCGCCCAAAACGUACGAGAUACCAAAAGGAGAAAAUCACGGAUCGACAUCUUGUACCUUUCUUCCUCUCCUUUUUCAUCCCUCUUCGCCGCACCCUUACCUCUUUGUUCUGUGCUGUUCAUCCCUGUAAAAUCUGGACAAAAUACUCGGGGAUGAGACAACAGCUGAUUAACGCGUUGGGAUUUAAGACCAGGUGGAAGAUCAUGGGCUAACACUCGUCGAGAUUGACAACGUGAUCUUCGAGGUUCAGCGGUAGCGAUGAUCGGAGCUAAUUUGAGGUUCGGCAUCGGCGCUUCCGGGAAUGUCACGUCCAACGCCACAAAGGUGUUCCAGUGUCAUCCCGGUGGUGUGACCGAGGCCACCGUCAUAUUUAGCCUCGGUGCAUUGGGGAUGGGGGCAAAUAUCAUCCUCAUGGCGCUAAUACUGGCGAAGCCACAGCUGCGCAGGUGGUCCCAGGGAUUGUUAUUCCACCAAGCCAUGGUAGACUGCGCGAGGGCCGCUAUAUUGUUGCCUCUUGGCUCAAGUAUAUUGAAUUGUCAGCCCGUUAACAAGUGUUCCCUAGUCGAGACUGCCUUUCUGCUACUGGUGACCGUUUCUACGGUAAAUAUGCUUACAACCGUGUUAAACGACAGCCCGGUAUUUCCAGAGAGCGACGAGGAGGCAGACCUGACCGCGCCUCUGCUGAUGGACUCGCCCCAGUGUGUGCUCUUUGGCACUUUCAUGAUCUGGUUCGCCAGCAUAACGAUAAAUCUGGGGCCCACGUUUCUCAGCGGGGCUUUAGCGGCCAAUACGGAGAGCGGGCACAAUGCGCCUAGUUGCCCGUUGAUACAUGGCCCUUUCCGUCAUUAUAUACUCAACGUACUCUGGAUUGUCAUCAACAUCAUUUGCGUGGCGCUCACGCUCUUUCAUUUGAGAAAAUUGCACAGGGAUCUGACGAAAGCUAACGUCGAAGCGGUACGAGUAGCUGGUCUCGUCACAACGCUCGUUAAUGUGACAGGCGGACAUCAGGGUGCAACCAACGCGCUUGCAACCGAAGAUGGUGUAGUUGACACGAGAAACGGUACAACGCCAAAAAGGACAGGUGCCGUCGAGGAGCAUCGAAAAAUGAGGAAUUACCUCAGAAGGAUGGAACGCGAGGGCGUGCAAAGGGUGAAAAUGUUCCUGGUCAUAACGGCAGCAUACGUCAUAUUCUGGGGACCAUUGUUUUUCGUUACCUUAGUGCACCAUCCUGUUAUAGGCAAUCCUACAGGCUACGAGGUGACUCUGCACAUUGCGUAUGUCCAUGCCUUUGUAAACCCGGCUCUGUUCCUCGCUCUACAUCGGGGAUUGCGGCAAGGCAUGUCGGACGUGUGUUGCGGCUGCUGCGAAAGCAUAGCCCGAUGGAUCCUCGGAUCCGCCGCUACUAGUCCGAUACAGAAUGUCACGUUACCCCGAUACGAGGCGCCGAUGAAUCUACCCUCGCCGCCGGAUCCACCCCUGGCGGCGCCGGUUGCGCCGUCGGGAUGCAAUCUUACCGAUGUGGCGCUCCUAAAACCACCCCUGCCACCGACUGCCAAACACUUACUGGUGGACAAUUCUAUCGUGGUACCCGAUCCCUGGAGUUUGACUUCAAGACCGAAGAGCACCUCCAGUCUUUACGAAGAGGAACUGUCCAGGAGACCGAGUCUCCUGCUGCCGGCACCUACAGAAUUGAAUGAUCUCCAAAUGAGUCCGACAAGUAGUGACUUGCCCAGCGAAUAAACAAGCAAAUUUAUUAUAAAAAAAAAUUAACAACGCAUCGAAAACGUUAAUUGGCUACAAUGUAAAAAAAAAAAAAUCGCAAGAUGAUAAAAAUAAAUUUUUCGGGAAGAAACCUUCCUUUAAGAUCCCCUCCUGAAGCAUUAUAUAUUCUAAUCAGAUAUUUAUAUUGUCGAUAAAGCCGAAAUCAAAUGAAUCGUUUACUAUAAAUAUUGCGUCACCUAUUUUUUAACGACGAGCGUUAAUAUAUUAUAUGUAUGUAUCAGCGAAGGCAUCACAAAUAUUUCCAUUUACAUGACUGCUCUUGAACACGUCUAUAAAGAUUUUUCUUCUUAAUUUUUAAUAGUAAUAUCAAUGGAGCCAAUUAUGAUGGAACUCCAUCAUAAAUUUAAUUUAAUUCAAAUCAAAUCAUAAAUUGAGUUGCAACGAAUAGAAUGAUUUUCCGCGAUGUCGAAGAGCGAGACAUCAAGCUACUAUAUAGUAUAAGAUUAAUCAAGAAUAAUGUAUCCUGAAUUUAAAAAAUAAUCGAAGACUUGAUGUAUACAUUUACUUGUACUUUUAUGAGAUGCACGUAUACUAGACUUAAAAAUAUCGACAGACUGAUUUUUUUCAUAAAAUUCAUACUUACGUCUAUGUCAAUUUAUACAAUUCUCACGUCCAAAAUUGUCAGUUAAAAUAAUUACAAAAUAUUAUUGCUUUUAUAUCUGAGCAAUAGCGUUGCCAUUUUGCCAUGUUUCGAAAAUGCAUACUUCCCUAUUUUUCGCGAAUUUCUAGCUAGAAUUACUUGCAACAAUUUUUAUCGAAAUAAUGCCUUUUUUAUCGCUC